CCUCUGCUGCAUUACCAGCCGUGGUGACCAGGAGGAGAGGAGUGAGGCAUGCAGCAGCCACUCAGUCAUUUAGUCAAUUGUUUUCUCUCUAGCUCAUUGUACCACUCCAUGAGUUUGUUCUGUGAGACGCGAUUCUUCAUGAAAAGCAUUUUUCUUAUUUUUUAAAUACAUUCCUGAUUCAUUUGAAAAGGACAUUCUUGUUUUUCAAACUUUCUUCCCAUAAUUCAGUGCUUCCUGUGUGAUAUUCUGAUCCUGUUAUAAUCCUUUGGCUGCCGUUGUAUGUGAGUACUGGAGUGGUUAGGAUUGGCUUGCUGUUGUGGCUCUGCUGCCAAAGUUUGGAGAAGGGAGCUCUGUACGAAAUUUGACUGUAGUGGAGCUCAAAGGGGGGAGGAACCUCGGAGGAUGGUUUGACCUGGAAGAGGGAGCGAUCUUCUCUUGUGGAGUGGCAUCUUCUCUGCUGCAAAGAUCGAAGUCGUCGGUUUUCAGGAAGAAAAGGAAGUCUGAUGUGGGACAACUGCACAGGGCGUUGGAUGAUUUAACUUGGACAAACCAGGAAAAAACAUUUAUUCUGCAAACAGGGAGAAAGUGUUUAAUUUUAGGAAAGAAUCUUUGCCUCGCUUCAGUUGUUCAUCAUGGCUGGGAUGUAUGGAUGCUUCAAGAGCAGGAACAGUGACAGUGGUGCCAUGGCAUCAGGACCUCCAGAUGUGAUGGCCAAUCAGGAGCCUGCUGAGGCCGUGGAAGAGUGCUCAGGAAAGAAAAAGUCCAAGUUCCAGACGUUUAAGAAAUUCUUUGCCAGGAAGAAGAGAAAGGAGCCGCCAGCCGCAGGAGCAGACGCAGGACUCAAAGCCAGCCAAUCGAGCGACAAUGUCAGCAAAACAUCCGAAAAUAACACACUCACUCGAUCAGAGAAGGAUAAGGGCUCUGGGUCAAAGAUUAGCCUGGGCAGCAAGGCCUUGUCGCAUGACUCUGUCUUUGUUUCGGACUCAUCAGAGGCCAACGAGGCUCUGGGGGCAUCUCAGGACAGCAUUCAUGGGAAAGUGAAAUCACUACAGCUCCAGCUGAAGCAGGCCAUCAGACUGGGCUCUCCUCCGUCCCUCAUGUGUGUGAAGAGAACGGACGAUGCUGGGACCAUGUCUGAGGAUGACGGCCUGCCCUGUAGUCCUCCUGAAUACACAACACUUCACACAGCCAUGAGUCAGCCUCAGCGAAACAGCUCCAUCAGUCUGGAGGGAAUAGACAGUGACGACGACCAGCUGUCCUGUGCUGCCUCCAGCAGAGCGGUGAGCCCCCUGGUGGUCCCAGGAGACUUCAGUCAGCCGGCCAGUCCCUUCGGCUGCCUGGAUAACUCUGCUGCCAAACACAAGCUGGGCCUGAGACACAAAGCCUGCAACAGGAGGAAGCCUAUCAGUAAACUGGAGAUUAAAACAGAGAGAGACUCUGUGGUGGAGGACACACUGGACACCGCCAUAACAGAAGCUUCAGAGGAGCGAGAACAACAGAAGUCAACAGAAGUUGAAAGUGUUGAUGAGCUGAAACCAAAGCUGGACAGGAAGGAAGAAGAAGAGGAGGAAGAGGAGCAGCCACAGCUUUCCAGACACUCUCUGUUGAGAGACGAGGAAGAGAGGGAGGAGGCAGAGGAAGGGUUGGAAGCCGAACAGGAUGUUUCACACGGCUUGGACUCUUCCUCACCUCCUGAGCUGCGUCUCUCAGAGGAGGAGGUCCCAGACGCCCAGACGCUGCCCUCCUCCAAGCUCAGCUCGAGAACCUCCUCUCUGGACAGUCCCGGAGCCACACCAGAGCCCCCUGCUGGUCCGAGAGAGUACCUGCUGGACCCUCCAGGCAUUGCCUAUGGAACAGAUGAGAAGGGUGUUGAAAGUGACUUGGCGCUGAGCGAGGAAGAAGAUGGAGUCCAGGAAAACAGGGAGGAGGAGAGCUCGUUCUUACAGGAGGUGCUGAGCUCCUUGAAGACUCCCCUCGCGUCCUGCUCGCUGGGCAUGGAGACUGAGGGUGCUGUCCUGCAGAUAGAGGAGGUGAAGGAAGAGGAAAGAGAAGAUGUCGAGAUAGAGGAAGGAGAGGAGGUGAAAGAAGAGGAGGUGGAGGUGGAAGAGCCUGUCAGUUAUCAGGCUGUUCCCACUGGCUCCCUCCUGUCAGAUCACACCACAGAGGAAGAGGUCACUACUCUCAGCGCUCCUUCCUGUCAAGAUGUUGAAGAAGAGGAGAAAGUUGAAUAUAAGGGAGAUGAAGCAGCAGAGGAGGAGGAAGAGGAACCUGUGGUGGAACAAGUCAGUCAACAUGGUCAAGAAGAGGAAAAUGAGAAAGAAGAGGCAGAGGAAGUCACCACUGAGGAACAAAACAACAUGCUUACAGGAAACACUGUCAACCUGAUAGAGGAAGAGAGAAGAGAAGAAGAAGAGAGUGAAGGAGAGGAGGAGGCAAUAGAGCUGGAGAAAGAGCCAGAGGUGGAGGAGGAGGGACGGGAGAAGAGGGAAGAGGAAGAUGAAGAGGUGGAGAUGAAGGAAGCAAAGGAGAGAGUAGAGGAGGCAGAGGAAGCGACAGAAGAAGAGAGGGACAACGCAGAAGAGAUGACUGAGACGUUUCCUGAUGCAGCAGUUGAAGAAGUGGCCAUGUCGCUGCAGGUGGAAGAUGAGGGUGUAGAUGCUGUGGUUGGAGACAACACUGUGAGCAUCGAGCAACACUUAAAGGAUGAUGAAGAGCUGGGUGAUCAGGUAUUUGCCAUAGUGCAUGACAGUCAAGAAGCUUUCAGUCAAAGCUCUGAAGAGGAGAGGGAAGAUGGAGAAGAGAGGAAGGUUGAGGAAGGUGUACAGAUUGACCUCACAGAAAAAUCCGAGCAAGAGGAGGACAGUGAAGUGAACCAACCUGAUGUAGAUCAAACUGAACCAGAUCUGCAGCAGGAAAUUGUAGAGGCAUCCCAUUUAGACGUGAUGCCAGUGGAAGAAGAUCAAACAGAGGCCACAGAACAAGCUACUGUGUCCUCCAAGCCUUCGUCUUUGUCUCUUCCAGAGUCACAUCAUGAGACUCAGCCGCAAGAGAGUGGAACCAGCAGUCCCAGUAAAACCAGCACUGCCACUCUCCACAUAAAUCUGCUCUCUCCAAACUCAGAGAAAGCUGCAUCUUUCUUUCCACAGUCUCCAACUGCCUCAUGCCCCAAAGAAAGUGAGACACCUUAUCAUGCUGUAGCAGCCACAGAGCAAAGCAGCGCGUCCACAGAAGAAGAAGCAGCAGCAGUGGAAACAGUGGAAGAAGAAAACCAGUCAGCCCCAGAGAGGGAAGCUACACCUCCUCCCUCUGUGGAGGAAGAGGUCAGCCAGCUGUCCAGUGGCUCAGAUAAGAGCAAAGCCCGCUUCACCAUUGCCCCCGCCUGGCAGAGGUCACUCUCUAUCGAGGAUGCAGAUGAGAGCUCGGCACCUCCCUCCUCCCCACCUGCCUGCAUCACAGGGCCUGUAGGUGUGGAGGUGGAGGCUACAACUAAGAAAGACCAAGAGAUGAAAGCAGGGCCAGUGAGUUCUGCUAAGGUUGAGCUGGUGUUGAGCCCCAGUAAAGUGAGGAGCGCAGGUACCAUCACUGCAUCGUCGCCAUCAUCCAUUCAACCUCAGACUUCAGCUGCUGCCAGCACAGAAGAGAGCUCCGUCGUAGUGGAGGGAAACCCCGACAAUCCAUUUGGAGUUCGGCUGAGGAAGACGUCAGCUCUGCUGCGCUUCAGCUCGGAGGAGGAAACCACAGAGCCUCCCACGGAGCCACCAGCUCAGCCAACCAGCUGUAGAGUUGACUCCCCACAGCCAAUCAGUGUAAAGUCCUCCAUAAGUCAGCCAGUCAGCAACAAGCCGGCUCUCCCUAAGAAACCAGACGUACACGGAGACAGUGGAGUAAAAACCAAGCGCAUGUCAGACCCAGCUGCAGCUCGUGGUGUUCCUGGUGGAUCUGAUUCUCCCAGCUGGAUUUCUGUGGCCAAACAGAAACAGAAGAUCUAUAAGGAAAACUCUCUGGAUGAGAUUACUGUCAGGAAGGAGGAACAAGAGAGGAAGAGUUCACUGCCAAUGUAUGUCAGCUCAGCUGCAAGCAGGGAGCACAGCAGCAAAACUGCUCAGUCCUCCGGCAAAGUGAGUCCGAUGGAGAUCAGCAAACCUUCAGUGUCUGUAGAAAAGGAGGCCAGGCGGGCUCUCUCUCCUCCAACUCCAGUGCCACCUCAACCUUUCAAAUCCCAGUCGCUCUCCUGCCCUGUCCCUCCAAAACCCCAGCAUCCUCCUACCGCCGCCAAACACACACCACAACCCAGCUUGCCCCAAAGAUCCCUGUCACCCCCCACUCCCAUUCCUGUUGCCCAAAAAUCUCCCUCUUGCACAAGCCCGCCAUCUCCCACCAAAACUGCCACCUCAUCCAAGACACCCUCGCCACAGAGCACAACGCUUACCUCCCCUCCGUUUUCAUCAAGAACCGCCCCGGAAAAGUCUGGUUCAAGAGCUCCGGGGCUUUCCAGCCAGACCCCGUCCUCCCAGCGAGGCCUGCCUCCCCCAGCGUUGGCCCAGGACGAGCCUCCCUGGAUGGCCCUGGCCAAGAAGAAGGCCAAAGCCUGGAGUGAGAUGCCUCAGAUCGUCCAGUGACGGGCACAGGUGUCGGUAAUAUCUUGUACAUAGUCCCAAGUGGGUCCAAUCUGAACAGGGUUCGAAGUGGGCCUCGAGUCUGGAUGGACCAGAAUGCAUUUGCACACAAAAAGUUUUCUGUUGUUCUUCCUGGUUUCUGUCCUGACUUAAGUCUUCAGAUUGGUGCAAAGCCUCCAAUCACAGCUAAAGACAGGCUCAGUUUAACCCCUCCUUUCUUUACGUCCUUACGUCGUACAUUCGUGUUUUCUAAAUAACAGGGUAGGACCCCAAACAGUAAAGCGUCUUACUUGAAGUGGAUCCAUAUUUUUUCAACAGUCUUAGUAUGUUAAAAUGUGCCUGAUUAAGAGGAAAAACCUUCAGUCUCACAGCAGAAAAUCUACGUUUUUAUCUUAAGUAACUCAGAUGAUUCCACCAGAUAUCACUAAAUAUUUCAGGGAAGACAGAAUUGUUUUAUAAAGAGGAAACUUUAUUCACAGAAAGUUGGUUAAAAACCAUCAGUCUCAGUGUGUGUGUGUGCGUGUGUGUGUGUUUAUUUAAGGGCAGUGAUACAUGCUCACAUUUUGAGGGAAGUGGAAAAUAUUGUGACCAGAGGGUAAAAUGGGGGAACAUCCAAGUUAAGCUGGACAAGAAUUUGCUGAUCCAACUGCUGCUUGUCAUGAGUUUUGGUCAAAUAUGCUGAUCCUCAUUUCCUCAAAGUGCCAUCUGUGUAUCAGGUUCUUCAGGCAAAUAUAUUUCUUGUAACACGAUCCACUGACACCAAUCUAAUGUUUGUCGCGUUGGCGAGUGCUGAGUGUGUCCAACAUGUUCCAGGUUGUCAAUGUAAAUUUCAUUUUUAAUUUUCUCUUUUGAUAUUUUAAAUACAUAACUACACAGUGUUUGUUGGCAUCCUACAGAAAUCUGUCAUCUCCAAACAGUCAUUUGUUCGGGAAUCAAGGAAAACUCUCAUCACAUCGACUCUCAUGUGUUUGUAAUACUUCAGAGCAUCAUUAUGUUGGCAGCGUGUUGCAGGCGCUUAUCAAACACUUUCCAGGUAUAAGCAAACAUGUAAAUGAAACAGACAUCAACACACCGCUAAUUAAUCACUUGGAGUUUGGUUUGCUGCAGGAUCCAAAGCAUCACUAAAGGAAAGCACGGCUGAACGUUUUCUUUGUAUCAAUUAAAUGUAUCUAUCUCACAGUUACUAUACAUGUUUUAUGCAUUUUGUUUUAUUUUGUAUUGCCUUUUGAGAAUUUGUCUUGUACAUAAAAUGUGCAGUAAAGAACAA